AUGGUCGAAGUCGGAUACCCCAGCGCAGUUGACUCCCCAAUACCGCUCGUCAUCGUACAGGGCUUUCUUGGCGCAGGAGGCUCAUUCCUAUGGGGCGCAUUCGAGGACUACCUCAAUCACAACGUUGCUCCAGACGCAGACGGGAAUAUAUGCCGCCGAAGGAUCAUAUUUGCAAACGUUGGGCCAGUGAGCUCAUUGCAUGAUCGGGCUUGCGAACUCUACUAUGAGCUUACUGGAGGAACUGUUGAUUAUGGCGAGGAACAUGCUAAGCUAUAUGGACACCAGCGCUUUGGACGCACAUACCCUACUGCUCUUUAUCCCGGAUGGUCAGCGAAUAAGCCACUCCAUUUCCUUGGUCACUCUAUGGGAGGACCGACAAUUGUCAAGCUUCAACACCUGCUCAAGACUGGUCUCUUUGGCAGCGCUGCGACCCCCGACAUGAUCCUAUCCCUGACCAGUGUGUCCGCCCCCUUCAGAGGAACCCAGCUCGUGUAUGCCCUCGGCGAGCGCGCCGACGCCGCUCCAGCGGUACGAACCUUCUCCAUCGGAGGCGCACUCACCCGCGUCGUGCACGUGUUAUCGUAUCUCUCACCCAUCCUCCCGCCCGCACUCGACCUUCACUCCGAGUCUCGACAUCUCUCGUUCCGUGAUGUGUCUAUCACAGCAUUCUGGAAGCAGCUAUGGAAGAGCGACUGGGCAGAAAGCCGAGAUGCGACGCCUUUUGAUGUCACGUUCCAGGCCGCUGACGAGAGGGAAGCAAACGGCGAAGGCGAACCCAAUCCGAGCACCUAUUACCGAAGUUAUGUUGCUCGACUCAUGGAUGCGCCCCCACAAAGAUUUUCAAUACCGAGCUUAACAGGUUACGUCAUGACUCUUUCUUCGACAGCCAUGAAAUCUUUCAAGUUUCAAUCGAUAUACCCCAUUCCUCACUUUUUACGAGGGAACGGUGAAUCGCCACCAGGAAUUCCGAACUCACCGUUGUUACCAAUACAUGGUCCAUUCCUCGGGAUACCUAGCAAGACACUUAUAGAGAAUGACGGCGUAGUUCCUGUGUUCUCGCAAGAUCAUCCUUUCGAAUGCGGGGCUGCACCAUGCACCCACAGUAUUUGCCCUGCAAGACAGAAGUCCGGUAUAUGGUCUGUGAAGUACCUCGAGAAUGCCAACCAUCUUUCUAUCGCUCCAAUUUGGCGAGGCUCAGCCAUGCAGAUAGCUUUCUGGAAGGACGUUGGCAACUGGCUGCAGGACAUUGAUCAUACACGAGAGGAAGACGACGUUAACUAGAGGGUUUUAACAGCAAGAUUUUUACUUGCUGAUAUUUAU